AUGGCGCAGACGAAUCCUAAUGCGAUCAACGUCAACGACCCUGGGUUGAUCACGCUGGUCAACAAGCUGCAGGAUGUCUUCACAACAGUCGGGGUCCAAAACCCCAUCGAUCUACCUCAGAUUGUCGUAGUAGGAUCGCAGUCAAGCGGGAAGAGUUCGGUUUUGGAGAACAUUGUUGGCAGAGACUUCCUACCUCGAGGAACUGGCAUCGUCACACGAAGACCGCUCGUCCUCCAACUCAUCAAUCGCGCCGCCUCCCCCAAACAACAAGCAAACGGCAUCCCAGACACGGACACCAAAGUCGAGACUACCGACGCCGCGAGCAACACCGACGAAUGGGGCGAGUUCUUACACAUCCCUGGCCAGAAGUUCUACGACUUCAACAAGAUCCGGGAUGAGAUUGUAAAAGAGACGGAGUCCAAGACGGGCAAGAAUGCUGGCAUCUCACCCGCGCCGAUCAACCUGCGAAUAUACAGCCCGAACGUGCUUACUCUGACGCUGGUGGAUUUGCCCGGGUUGACGAAGGUGCCAGUCGGAGAUCAGCCGAGAGAUAUUGAGAAGCAGAUCAAGGACAUGGUGUUGAAGCAGAUCUCGAAGGGCAACGCGAUCAUCCUGGCAGUCACGGCGGCGAACACGGAUCUGGCAAAUUCCGACGGUUUGAAGUUGGCGAGAGAGACUGACCCGGAAGGACAACGAACGAUUGGUGUAUUGACAAAGGUCGAUCUGAUGGACGAGGGCACGGAUGUCGUGGAUAUUCUGGCUGGGCGCAUCAUCCCCUUACGGCUGGGGUACGUGCCAGUGGUGAACAGAGGACAGAGGGACAUUGAGACGAAGCGGGCCAUCUCGUCUGCGCUAGAGAACGAGCGAAACUUUUUCGAAAACCAUAAGGCGUACCGGAACAAGGCAUCAUAUUGCGGGACUCCCUACCUGGCGCGCAAGCUGAAUCUCAUCCUGAUGAUGCACAUCAAGCAGACACUUCCAGAUAUCAAGGCGCGCAUCGCCGGCAGCUUACAGAAGUACAAGGACGAGCUGGCUUCGCUGGGCGACAGUAUACUGGGCAACAGCGGCAACAUCAUCCUCAACAUCAUCACCGAAUUUGCCGGCGAGUACCGGACAGUGUUGGAAGGUCACAACGCUGAACUCUCUUCGCUAGAGCUAUCAGGCGGCGCACGUAUCUCCUUUGUCUACCACGAACUCUACUCCAACGGCGUCAAGGCGGUCGAUCCAUUCGACAACGUCAAAGACGUCGACAUCCGCACCAUGCUCUACAACUCCUCCGGUCCGUCGCCAGCACUCUUCGUCGGCACCACCGCUUUUGAAGUCAUCGUCAAGAAAGAGAUCAGGCGCCUCGAAGAUCCCAGUCUGAAGUGUGUUAGUCUCGUAUACGACGAGCUUGUGCGCAUUCUCGGCCAACUCCUCAACAAACCCCUCUUCCGACGGUACCCACAGCUGAAGGAGAAGUUCCACGCCGUCGUCAUCUCCUUCUACAAAAAAUCCAUGGAGCCCACCAACAAACUCGUCCGCGACCUCAUCGCCAUGGAAUCGUGCUACGUCAACACUGGCCACCCCGACUUCAUCAACGGCCACCGUGCUAUGGCCAUGGUGAACGAGAAGUACAACGCCGCGAAGCCGGUGCAAGUGGACCCCAAGACCGGCAAACCCCUCCCUGCAUCCGCCGCACCGCCGCGAAGUAAUAGUCCCAGCUUGGACUUAAACGGCGACCAAGGGAGUGGCGGCUUUUUUGGCAGCUUCUUCGCCAGCAAGAACAAGAAAAAGAUGGCGGCGAUGGAGGCGCCGCCGCCUGUGCUGAAGGCGAGUGGGACGUUGAGCGAGAAGGAGACGCAGGAGGUGGAGGUGAUCAAGCUGUUGAUCAUGAGCUACUACAACAUUGUUCGGCGGACGAUGAUUGACAUGGUGCCGAAGGCUAUCAUGUUGAAUUUGGUUGAACACACCAAGGAGGAGAUGCAGCGCGAGCUUCUGGAGCAAAUGUACAGGACGAACGAAUUGGACGACCUGCUCAAGGAGAGCGACUACACCGUGCGGAGGCGGAAAGAGUGUCAGCAAAUGGUGGAGAGCCUGGGACGGGCGCAGGAGAUUGUCAGUCAAGUGCAGUAG